ACUCCUGUUCUACUCUUUCCGGUUUAUCAAGUCGUACGCUGAUAGAAGUCACUGGCGGCAACUGCUAAAUAUCAUUAAACUAAAAUAAAAAUGCCCACUGGUAAGAACUUCAGGAAGAGAAGAGAAUCAUCGGAUGAGGAGGAAGAUGAAAUUACCGAAGAAGUCAGAUCCAAAUUAGAAGAAGCCAAAGAGCGCCAGAGUUUGCGGAAAAUACAGAGUGGCGUUAGUGUUGCCGCCCUACUGGUUGGAGAGAAACUGCCACCGGAUGCUGAAAUUGAUAAUGAUCCAUUUAAACUUAAGACUGGAGGAGUUGUUGACAUGAAGAAAAUUAAAGACUGGAACAGGGACAUAAUCGAAGAUGAGCCUGACCUCAAUUUGGGCACUGCAUUCUCUGCUGAAACCAACAGAAGAGAUGAGGAUGCAGACAUGAUGAAAUAUAUUGAGACAGAGCUUAAAAAGAAGGGCUCAGAUGAGGCGGAGGAACAAAAGGUUAAGGUGAAGAGUCCAGAAGACCACCUUUACGAAUUACCUGAGAACAUUAGGGUCAACUCUGCUAAGAAGACAGAGGAGAUGUUGUCCAAUCAGAUGCUGAGUGGCAUCCCUGAAGUUGAUCUUGGCAUUGAUGCCAAAAUUAAGAACAUCAUCCAAACAGAAGAGGCAAAAGCCAAACUUCUGGCAGAACAGAGGAACAAGAAGAAAGACCAGGGCACAUCAUUUGUACCGACCAAUAUUGCUGUCAACUAUGUCCAACACAACCGCUUCUAUCACGAGGAUGCUAAUGCACCACAGAGGCAUCACAGACACAAAGAAGAGCCUAAAGCUAGACCACUGCGCGUGGGGGACACUGAGAAACCAGGUCCAGAAGCUGCACCCUCACCACCCAACUUCCGCAAACGACCAAACAAUGAAAAAGCCACAGAUGACUAUCACUAUGAGAAAUUCAAGAAGAUGAACAGACGAUACUGAGGAGCCUAUUGUUUUGUUUGGACAAUUAUUAGGUUUCCUAAAACCAGUAUUAGUAAAUUUGUUUUGUAAAUAAUGUGUAUAAAUCUGUCAUGUUUGCAGCACAUGCUUUAAAUUGUUGUUUAAACUGAAAUAUUCCACAACAAUUUGAAUAUAGAAAACAAAUGUGUUUGUUUUACACAUUGGAUUAUGUCUCAGCUUUAAUAACAUUUGUUUUCUAUUGUUUCCCUGUUAGAUUACUUCCAUAAACAGAUUUGCUUAUUAAGGAUAAAUGAUAAUGAUGAUUAUUUUUUCUUGUUUUUAAUCAGUUCUUUUUGGAAUAAACACAAUGAAAAUUUAAAACAUUACAAAUAAAAAUGUUACAUAAAA